AUGAGUGCCAGGUACACCAGCAUGCAACUGGUGCCAGGCCCGAACGACUACGAAAUGCCUCGACUCGAUGGCGGUGAAUAUUCCAGCCUUGGCAUUGCAGAGACUGGCCUAGGCGGCCUCACACAUUCAGAGUCAAUGGAAAUCACCAACGAUCCGCGUUUCUUUCAGGACAGUGUGCUCAGCGUACGGCUUGCAGCCUUUGCUUCACUGGGCGUCGUAGCAGGGCUCAUGGUGCAGAACUCCUUUGACCAUUUGUUCGACAUGAGCAAGAGAAUGUCUAUCCAUCCCAGUUCCCUUGACGGUUUUCUGCAGCUCGUUGCCUUCAUCCUUUUGAUCAUCGUUCAAGGCCUUAACGUCAUCGCCACCUACGUGGGAGUGGCGCAACCAUAUCAUACCAUCCGAUUGAUGACAGCAGGGCCUUCUGGUUUUGAGGCUUCAGCAUGUUAUUACCUCAACCCGAACAUUUGUGUUUGGAGGCAUUUUGCCGUGUCGGGCGCGCUCGCUUCGAUGCCUAUCUUUUUGGUGAGCACCGGUCUACGUAUGGUGGUGAAGUUUGAUCGGGAUAACUACGACUUUCCAGAUCCAGAGAGAAAUCACCCGCCCUGGCAUGCACGUGUCAUGGGCAUCGGUACGUGCGUAGUCUUCUCCGUGUUGGCCAUUUUGGUGGGAUACAUUCAUUGCGUGCACUUUGGGGUCUUCAAUGAGAAGUACAGGCUCCUGAAGCCAAACCUCUCUCAGCACCGAGAUGUCUUGGACACCAUGGCCACUCGCGUUUUUGGCGGAAGGGGCAUCCAAAAGGUUGGCUGA